UGCACCGCCCGCCUAAUCAAUUCAAGAUGGCAGCCAUGCGCAGGGGAUGGUGGUCGCGGCUGUUACCGUGGAGGUUGCUGCAAGCCCGUGGCUUUCCACUAAAUUCUACACCCGGCCUGGGCCUGGGAGCGAGGACUUAUUCUCAGGGCGACUGCUCGUACUCGCGCACGGCGCUCUAUGAUCUGCUCGGCGUCCCCUCCACAGCCACGCAGGCCCAAAUCAAGGCGGCUUACUACCGUCAGUGCUUUCUCUACCACCCGGACCGCAACUCUGGGAGCGCGGAGGCUGCCGAGCGCUUCACGCGCAUCUCCCAGGCCUACGUGGUGCUGGGCAGUGCCACCCUCCGUCGUAAGUAUGAUCGCGGCCUCCUCAGCGACGAGGACCUGCGCGGACCCGGCGUCCGGCCCUCCAGGACGCCCGCACCCGACCCCGGCUCGCCGCGUCCCCCGCCGUCCACUUCUCGGACCUACUACGGUUCUCGGGCCGCCCCCGGCGCCAACCACAGGAUGUUCAACUUUGACGCCUUCUACCAGGCCCACUACGGGGAACAACUGGAGCGGGAACGGCGCCUGAGGGCCCGGCGGGAGGCCCUUCGUCAGAAGCCCCUGGCCUACCUUGCCCCAGGGUCUGGAGCAUGUGUGGACACGUCGUAG